AUGCGUGGACAAAUGCUAAUUUACUCCUUUGAAAAGGCCUCUUCCUCUGCUUCACCUGUCCAGCCAAAGCUGAUCCGCCUCCUCUACAAUUCUGCCUGCGUCAUCCUCACUGCGGACCUAUUCAUUUUCUACACGGGUUCCCGCCUCCUGUUUCCGGAGCAAGAGGAAAUUCGUAGCAGCGCCGCCCUGCGCUUCUUUCUGCGUUGUGCAGCAAAUACGUCUUUCCCGUUUGCGUUGUGCAGUUGGCUCCUCCGAGAUUAUCAUAUCCGACACACGCACGUAGGACGAGUGGUAGGAUCGUGUUUUGCCCUGUCUCAUGCUGCCUCAGUGGCCCUGUAUAGCUGGAGCAGGUGGGUGGGUGGGGAGUACCAACUCGCAAACUUUUGGGGUAUUGUUGGCUUGCAUGGUACUUGGGCGGGCAUCGCCUUGUGGGGACUACUCAGCGCGUAG